AUAUUUGGAGAGAGCUGAUGUCACAAGUGGUUUGAGCAGAGAGCCUAUAACUGUUGGAGUCGGCUUGUGUGACUGUCUGACAAACCUUGGAGAGCUCCAGUAGCAGACUGGGAUCUAGCCAAGACUACAGAAAGUAAUCACGCUUACAGCAUGUAUCACCUCAGGGUGCCUGUGCUUCUUCUCAUGCUGCUUGUGCUGCUGCACUGCAUCACUGCUGCCCCAAGCUAUAGGUACUUCAGUCCCAGCUCAUCCAGCGAGCAGGAAAGCGAUCUCCCAGAUAGCGAAGCCUGGUUGCUUCCCGGGCUAAUCUCCAACCCAUUUCUCAGCCUCGUGGGUACACGGCCACGAAGGGGGCUCACAGCUAUGAACAGUCACCAUAUAGAGAAGAGAAAGUGCAACACAGCCACCUGCGUCACCCAGAGGCUAGCAGACUUCCUGGUCCGUUCCAGUAACACUAUUGGUACUGUGUACGCACCAACCAAUGUGGGAUCUGCCACCUACGGCAAGAGAGACCUACUGGAGCCUUCAGGCUACGUGAAUCUCUAGUGGCAACUGAGGAAACUCCACAGCAUUUGCAGCAAUCCUCACAGCUCUGAUGAUAUAACCAAUCAUGUAACAAUGAUUGUGAGAAUGACAUAUAUAAUGAUGGCAAUGAUGGCAAUGAUCACAGACUUUUAUUGAUUACUUUCUUAACUUAAGAAACAGUGCCUUUGAUUUAAAACAUCACUGUAUAUUUUUUUCUGCCUUUUUGUGUGUUGUGGCUUCAUAUGUUGUUGCACAAUGGCAUGAUGGGAAUAAUAAUAAUAAAAAACAACCAAACGUUAAAGUAAUUCAUGGGAAAUAAAAUAAAGGAAAAAACAUGUAAAGCAAUAUAAAAUAAAUGUUAUUUGUUGUUUUGAUAAUAAAAUUGUAAAAAAAUAUAUUUAUAUUUUUUAAAACCUUUAUGCGUUUUAAGCCACAUUAUUGUAUUAGAGCUGCACGCAGGAGCUGUGAGCUGUUAGGAUCCAUCUGAUGAUUACAGAAAACGUUUUCUUUCAGGAGAUGUCCAUUAAAUCAAAUAAAAUUAUUUCACUUUGAUUAUGAGCAAACUCUGAAAGUUGCAU